AUGGAGAUUAGGUUGCCGCGUGAGAAAUUGGAGAAAUUAAAACAAGCUAUAAAUUCAAUGAAAUUUAAGCGAAAGGUUACCCUUAGAGAACUUCAGUCCUUGAUAGGACUGCUUAAUUUUGCUUGUCUAGUGAUCGUGCCUGGGCGUACAUUCUUAAGGCGACUCAUUGACCUAACAAAAGGCCUUUCAAAGCCUCACCACCACAAAGACAUGGUUAGAGAGAGUAGGCGUGAUCUGGCUGCCUGGUCAUUAUUUAUAGAUCACUUCAAUGGGAAAUCAUUAUUAUUUAAACAUAUCUGGGUGACAUCGAAACAAAUUCAUCUCUACACUGAUGCAGCAGGUUCUCUGGGGUUUGGAGCUGUAUUUGAAAAGAAAUGGUUCUAUGGGUCUUGGCCAGAAAAUCUGAAGGAUUAUGAUAUUACCCUCAAGGAAUUAUUCCCGAUUGUGUUAGCUGUCGAACUAUGGGGUUCUAACUUAAAGAAUUCUUGUGUCAUAUUCCAUUCGGAUAAUGCAGCAGUUGUUCACAUUGUGAACUCGCAAACAUCAAAAGAUUCAAAAAUCAUGAUUUUGGUGAGAAGAUUAGUUUUGGCACUUAUGACAUACAAUAUUCUCUUUUCGGCAGAACACAUCCCAGGAAUGUUCAAUAUUUUACCAGACUUACUUUCACGCUUACAGAUCGAGAAAUUCAAAGAAGUGUCCGUGGAUAUGGGCCAAACCCACCAGCAUACCAAUCCAUCUUUUGCAACUCUCCAAAGCACAGCAUGUAGUUUAAUAGAUGCAGCGUUGGCUCCUAACACAAAGAAAUUGUACAGGCAGGCCCUAAAUUGUUUCAGUAGUUUUAUUCAGAGUUAUUACAAGACUGACUGCAUUAAGGAGAUAUCCCUUGGACAGGUUAUUUGUUUCGUGUCAUACCUAUUCAGUUUAGGAAAAGCACCAAGCUCAAUAUCAACUUACCUGGCAGCAUUGGCUUACUAUUUCAAAAUGACAAAUGCCCCAGAUCUAUCAAAUCAUUUCUUGAUCAAGAAAAUGUUAAGUGGGGCAAAACGGCUUGUCAAUUCUUCAGAUGUCCGACAACCAAUUACUUUGGAUAUCCUUGGGAAGCUCCUGGUGGCAAUACCACAUGUAGCCAAUUCUAAGUACCAAGAAUAUUUGUACAUGGCGAUGUUUCUUUUAGCAUUUUAUGCUUUUCUAAGAGUGGGAGAAAUCACAGUUCGUUCUGGCUCAAAUCCAAACCUGUUGCUUCGAAGAAAUGUUUCUUUCAGCCGUGACAAAAAACAAGUACGCAUGGUUGUUACAAUGAUCAACUUCAAACAUAAUUUAGGUAAAAAACCUGUCCAGCUGGAAAUAAAUCCCCAACCCAAAUGCAGCUUUUGUCCGGUGCAAGCUAUGAGAAAUUAUUUGGAGGUGCGAGGUGCAGAAGAAGGAGCCCUAUUUUGCUACAGAUCAGGACGACCCAUCUCGCGUACAGAAUUUUGUGAUGUUUUGAGGUCAGCACUAAAAUUUUCCAAACUUGAUUCUAACACAUUUAAAGCACACAGCUUCAGGAUAGGAGCAGCAACCCAGGCACAUUUACAGGGUUUUUCAGAUUCACAAAUAAGAGUCAUGGGACGAUGGCACUCAGAGUCAUUUAAGAGAUACAUUAGGGUAUCAAUGUUUCCAACAUUUUAGUGUUAACAUGUUUUUGUGAAGAGGUUAGAAGCUCCAAAUAUAGAGGAUAACUGUCUGAGGCGGUAUCCUUUAUUUUUGGUCACUUGAUUGUAUUUUGAAGGAAGGGGGAUUCUGUUUGAAGCAUUUUUCAUCUCUUUUCAUUGCAUCCCUUUCCAGGUAAUAAAUUCUUAAUUCAAUAAUCUCAUAAUUUGGCAUAUGUAUAAUGUUUUAG